AUGGAGCAAAGCGCCGUGCUCCAUGUCCUCGUGACCGGCGGAUCCGGCUUUCUUGGUCGAGGAAUUGUGAAAGCCCUUUUGGAAGGUCAUCCGACAUGGAAAAUCACGAUACUGGACCUACAUGCGCCAGAUCCCGAGACCCAAGGGCGCAUUGCUGGCUUUGUUGAAGCUGACAUUACCUCGCCCGCGAGUGUAAGCGACGCGUUCGUCAACUACAAACCCGAUAUCGUCGUGCACACAGCAGGAAUAGUCCCGGCGCGAGAUUACCGGUAUAGCACCGAUUCGAAGCAAUGGGACAAGGUAAAAGCGAUAAAUUACCACGGCACUGCCAAUGUCCUGGAAGCUACCAUGGCGAGCGGCUGUCGCAGAUUCGUGUACACCAGCAGUUGCACCGCCGUCAUUGAUGACUUGGACCACGACUACUACAACAUGGACGAGAGCGUGCCGCUAGGGUAUGCCACGCUGCAUUACGGCAAAUCAAAAGGCAUGGCCGAGCAAUAUGUCCUCUCGAAUGCGCACGCCGAGAAAGGCCUGAAAGCCUGCGCUUUACGACCGUGUACCAUUCUCGGACCGGGAGACACGGCUGUCAUCGGCCUGAUGUACGAUCUCAUCGCCAAAUACGAGACCUACUUCAUCGUCGGGGACGGCGAUAACAUCUACGACUUCAUGUACAUUGACAAUGCGGUGCGAGCCCACGUGCUAGCCGUCGAGAACCUGCUCACGACAGCGACAGCGGCUGGACACGCCUUCUUCAUUUCCAACCAGGAGCCGGUCUAUUUCUGGGACUUUUUGGCAUAUGUCUGGGCGCAAUUCGGCCAUGUCCCCGCGUUUCGGAUUCAUAUACCUAUGUGGCUUGCUUGGGUCGUCGCACUCAUUUUGGAGGUCAUCACCUUCUUCACUGGAAGCGCGAGCACUCUAGAUCGCGGCAGCGUCAAAGACGGUGUGCGGACACAAUACUCGAAUAAUGCCAAGGCGCGGCGAAUACUUGGAUACGUGCCGGAGGUGAAGCUGGCGGAGGGUGUUAGGCGAAGUUGCGAUGACUAUCAGAGAUACCUAGCUUCCAAACGAGGGGACGUACGCAACCUCCAGGCUGCCAAAAGCGGCUAG